GUUUAUACUAUCUACAUACUGUAUUAUUUUAAAGCUGGAGUUAAAGUGUUGUUGGGAGCAGAGAUCAGAUCAGAGAGCUUUCUUCAAUCAACAAUGGAAUAUCGCAAAAUCAAAGAUGACGACAAGGACGAUCACGACGUCGCUUCUGAUCUCGAGAGCUUGAAAGGAAAAUCUCACACCGUUGCGGCGAGUAACAUUGCUCUGGCUACUCUUGGUAGUGGUGGAUCCACUGAGCGUAUAAACUGGAAACGAAAGGGUGUAGUCACAUGUGCACUGACUAUUCUCACGAGUUCUCAAGCCAUACUCAUCGUUUGGUCCAAGCGAGCUGGCAAGUAUGAGUACAGUGUUACCACCGCCAACUUCUUGGUUGAGACUCUGAAAUGUGCGUUGUCUCUACUUGCAUUGACAAGAAUAUGGAACAACGAUGGUGUUACUGACGACAAUAGGUUAAGCACAACAUAUGACGAAGUUAAAGUCUUCCCCAUUCCUGCAGCUUUGUAUCUUUUCAAGAAUCUCUUACAGUAUUAUAUUUUUGCAUACGUAGAUGCCCCAGGCUAUCAGAUAUUGAAGAACCUGAACAUCAUAAGUACUGGUGUCUUGUACAGGAUUAUACUGAAGAAAAAGUUGAGCGAGAUUCAGUGGGCGGGCUUCAUCCUGUUGUGUUGUGGAUGCACCACUGCUCAGUUGAAUUCAAAUUCUGAUCGUGUACUUCAGACAUCUCUUCCCGGUUGGAUUAUGGCAAUUAUUAUGGCUCUUUUAAGUGGUUUCGCCGGAGUGUACACAGAGGCUAUUAUAAAAAAGCGGCCGUCAAGGAAUAUAAAUGUACAGAACUUCUGGCUAUAUGUCUUUGGGAUGGCUUUCAAUGCUGUUGCUAUAGUGAUCCAAGAUUUCGAUGCCGUUGCUAAUAAGGGAUUCUUCCAUGGUUACUCAUUCAUAACAGUACUCAUGAUUCUUAACCAUGCUCUCAGUGGCAUUGCUGUGUCAAUGGUGAUGAAAUAUGCAGACAAUAUCGUAAAGGUGUAUUCAACAUCAGUGGCAAUGCUUCUCACGGCGGUUGUCUCUGUAUUCCUCUUCAAUUUUCAUCUCUCACUUGCCUUCUUUUUGGGCUCAACGGUUGUCUCUGUUUCAGUAUAUUUGCACUCAGCCGGGAAGCUACGAUAGUAAAAGAAAGAUCUCUGAACUUUGUCUGACAACAAAGAUCCACCACUAUUCUAGCACAGGGGGAUAAACUUUUGAACAAUUGCGAUUUUGUAUUUCGUGUAUAUUUGAUAUACAUUACUGUCUGAAAGUGAAACUAUAUUGUUGAAACAUUGCAUUUUAUAUAUAAGAUAAUUCAUUCUU